AUGGGCCGUACCGUCACCGCGCUCUCAGCCUUGUUCUUGUCAACGGGUGGUUUCCUCUUCGGAUAUGACUCCGGAAUCAUCACCUCGACCAUUGCUCUGCCAACUUUUAAAGAGUACUUCAGUGAUCCAUCGGAUACCACCAUAGGCGGCAUUGUCUCCGCCUUCCAGGGUGGUGCUAUCCUUGGAACAGUCAUCAACAUGUUAUUCGCUCAUGCUAUGGGUCGACGCAAAACCAUUCUCUUUGGAGCUUUGGUAUCCUGUGUGGGAAGUGCUCUCCAAGCUGGCAGUACCAGCAUGCUCAUGCUCAUUAUCGGCCGAUUUAUUGGGGGGUUUGCCGUGGGGCAGCUUACUUCCACUAUUCCGAUGUAUGCUUCAGAAAUCUCAGAAGCCCAAUACCGAGGAGUUCUCUCUGGUCUACUACAAUGGAUGUUAAGUUGGGGCUUUUUGGUGGCUCAAUGGCUUGGAUACGGUUGUUCGUUCAAUGACAAUGAGUUUUCAUGGCGGUUUCCCCUUGCCUUUCAAGCCUUUCCAGGGUUGAUUCUCAUCGCUGGUAUUUGGUUUCUUCAAGAGUCUCCCAGAUGGCUUAUGGAGAGGGACCGAUAUGAUGAAGCACAACAAUCGCUCAACGUAUUGAGAAGUGGCCAGGACCAGGGUCUUAUUGAUCUUGAAUUCAGGGAAAUUCGAGAUGUGAUCCUAGCAGAUCGAGCUCUUGGAAACAUCACUUGGAAGUCAAUCAUCACGAAACCCUCUUGGCGCCGGCGUCUAAUACUUGGAUGCGGCGUCCAAGUCUUCGGCCCUCUCAGCGGCAUUAACGUCAUCAACUACUACGGGCCGCGGAUCUACGAAAUCUUAGGAAUCAGUGCUCGCGAGUCGCUUUUGAUUGUUGGGAUUAACGGUGCCCUAUCGAUUAUCUGGUGUACAAUUGGUCUUUACUUACUCGAUCGAGUUGGUCGUAUCAAGCCGCUCAUCGUUUCGGCUGCCGGGUUGGCUGCAUCACUUCUUGUGAACGCAGUACAGGGCCAAUACUUUACGCCUAGUAAUCAGGCUCAACUUCGGAGUAUGGUUGCAAUGAACUUUGUCUUCCAUCUUUUUUAUACGCCAUUGGGAAUAAUUAGCUGGGUUUAUCCUGCUGAGAUUUUCCCUGUGGAAGUUCGAGCUCUCGGCAACGCAAUUACAACAUUCAGCAACUGGACUGUCAACCUUAUUUUCGCCCAGUUUACCCCGAACGCGCUGACUGCACUCGAAUUUAGCUAUUUUUACUUGUUCUUUGCGCUUAACAUCGUUGCGUUCUUAUGUUAUUGGUUUUUCUUCCCAGAAACAAAGGGACGCACACUUGAACAGAUGGAUGAGCUCUUCGGAGAUCAGUUGGUUCCGCAUGCAAUGCGGGAUUCUGAUGCUGCUAAUGCUGCUUUUGAAAAAGACCAAAAAUUAGCGGAACAAAUUGAAAACCACGAAGAGACUAAUACAAAGUUGAAUCAGAGUGUUUAG